AGAGGAGGGGAGAGAUGGAGAAAGAGUACCCAAAUGAUGUUUACAAGGAGUGCUUGAGAAACCAUGCAGCCAGCCUUGGCAGCUACGCCACCGACGGCUGUGGGGAGUUCACCCUCGACGACACCUCUCUCUCAACCCUACAAUGCUCCGCAUGCGGUUGCCAUCGCAACUUCCACCGCAAAGUCACCUACUGCAGCAGCACCAGCGUAGACCGGAUCGAUUGCGGGGACGACGGCGGCAGCCGAGGAAGACGUCCAAUGGUGGCGGAGUACUCGACUGAGGGGAGAAAAAGAGGCGUAAAGAAGCGGUUCCGGACAAAAUUCACGGCGGAGCAGAAGGAGAAGAUGUUGGGAUUCGCAGAGAAACUAGGGUGGAAACUGCAAAGGAGAGAGGAGGAAGACGAAGUGGAGAAAUUUUGUAGAGGGAUUGGGGUGAGUAGGCAAGUGUUCAAGGUGUGGAUGCAUAACCAUAAGAACUCUUCGGCUGCUUCGUCUACCUGCAAUGUAUCAUCUCUUACAACUCCAUAGAUCUGAUACUCCAUUUUCUCUUUGUUUUUGUGAGUUCUCUUUCAUUCAUGUUUGGUUUCCUAGAAAUUA